AUGAUACCCACUCCAAAUCUAUCACACUUAAAGCAAAGUGAUUAUGAUCUUAUAUACGAACCUGCAGAAGACACAUUUCUGCUUCUUGACGCGCUCGAGGUUGAUGCAGACAAUCUGAAGAACUCAAAGCCAAGGGUAUGCCUAGAGGUUGGGUCAGGGUCAGGAUGUGUCACUAGUUUCAUCGCAAAUAUUCUCGGUCCUUCCGUGCUUUAUCUAUGCACUGACAUAAACCCACAUGCAUGCCAAUGCACUCUUCGAACGGGCGUGCAAAAUCAUGUUGAUAUUCAUGUUGUGAAUGGCUCGUUAGACGAGCCAUUUCAACAACGAUUAUCCCGCAAAAUUGACGUCAUUAUAUUCAAUCCUCCAUACGUUCCCACUUCUGAAGAAGAAGCUAUGAUCGCUCAAAGCUCUCGUAACAUUGGGGGUGCCUGGGCUGGUGGCUCAGAUGGCAUGCUGGUCACAAAUGUUCUUUUGCAACGUAUCGAAGCAUUAUUAUCGCCAAACGGACGGUUUUAUCUCGUCGCUUUGAAACAAAACGACAUCCCUAAAAUAUUGCAAACCAUGGAACAACGAUUUCAACUGUGUGGCGAGAUCGUGUUGCAACGACGUGCUGGUCGGGAACACUUGUUUAUAAUCCGAUUUCUAAGGGGAAAUAAGACACUAAAUCAAUGA